CGGUUUGGAUAACAGGCGCGCGCUUUGUUUUAUUAUCCACAUUAUCAGCGGCAUUAUUGUUAUUAUUGGCCCUCAGCUCUGCAACGGCAACAAUCGCCCACGCGUCCGCCCGUGAAUGCCGCGCGGAAAAACCGCUUUCCACGACUUCAAUCUGCGAAUCCCUCAAAAUCGCCCGCGCUCGUUCGGUCAGCCAAUAAAACUAAUAAAAAUAAAGAUAAUAAUAAUAAUAAAAAUAAUAAUAAUAAUAAUAGUAAUUGCAAUAACCAUAAACGUAGUAAUAAUCGUAACGCUUACGGGCCUUUGAUAGUGCCACGGCGAAAACAAAAACAAACAAGUAUUCAAAUUAUAAUUGAAAUUCCGAUCCCGAUUCAAAUUCGAAUUCAAUUAACAGCAAAGUGCAAUUGGCUAAAAGUACGAAACCAAAACGCAACAAAGUAUACGAAACACUUGUGAAUCUGCAAACAAAAAACAAUAGUGCUGCUAAAUUAAUAUUUAUUUAUUGGAUCUUCAAGUUCAAUAAAGACUAGUGCUAAGUGGAAAGUGCAAUAAUUCAAAACUAACUUUUACAAAAUAUUUACAAAGCUAAAUCAAAGUCCCUUAACUUUUGAAAAAUAUUUUAAAAUAUACAAGAGUGCUAAAACAAAUUAAAUUAAAAUCGAAAAGAUAUCCAAUUGGUUCUUGAGUAAAUUUUACAAAAUAUUAAUUAAUUAAACAAACACUUGAAUAAUUAAAACAAAAUAUAUUUACCAAAUAUUCAUAAGCAAAAGUUCUUCAAAAAACAUUUAAACCCAAAUUUGGAAAAAUUGUCAAGACGGAAAUAUUAAAAGAAAAAAAUUAAAAACAAAAUAAAAAUCUUUAAAAAUCUAGAAGAGCGGGAAUUAUUUCCCUGAGGAUUCCAAAAGAUAAAUAAAUUAAACACAAGGCAAAUGAGCGCCAAAAACAGCUGAGGAGAGAAUCUAAUCAGAGUCCCCAAGCGCCGUUCCAGGAGUAAUAAAUCGAAGAUAGAUUAGCAGCAGCUAUCCCCCUAGGAUUCCCAGCCCGUCUCGGACGGAGCACCGCCAAAAUUCUCACCGCCAGCAGCGCAAUGAACUCGUACUUUGAACAGGCCUCCGGCUUCUACGGGCAUCCGCACCAGGCCACCGGCAUGGCGAUGGGCAGCGGUGGCCACCACGAUCAGACGGCCAGUGCUGCGGCGGCCGCGUACCGGGGAUUCCCCCUCAGCCUCGGAAUGAGUCCGUAUGCCAACCACCAUCUGCAGCGCACCACCCAGGACUCGCCCUACGAUGCCAGCAUUACGGCCGCCUGCAACAAGAUCUACGGCGAUGGAGCCGGCGCCUACAAACAGGACUGCCUGAACAUUAAGGCCGACACGGUCAAUGGCUACAAGGAUAUCUGGAACACGGGCGGCGGCUCCAAUGGCGGCGGAGGUGGGGGCGGCGGCACAGGUGGCGGUGGGGCAGGAACAGGUGCAGCUGGCAAUGGAGCCAACGGUGGCAACACACAGGCCAAUGGCCAGAAUAAUCCAGCGGGCGGUAUGCCCGUCCGCCCCUCCGCCUGCACACCCGACUCCCGCGUGGGCGGCUACUUGGACACGUCGGGCGGCAGUCCCGUUAGCCAUCGGGGCGGCAGCGCCGGCGGCAAUGUGAGCGUUAGCGGUGGCAACGGAGGUAACGGCGGCGGUGGCGUCCAGAGCGGCGUCGGUGUGGGCGUGGGCGUCGCGGGAGCGGGCACCGCCUGGAACGCCAACUGUACCAUCUCGGGUGCCGCCGCCGCUCAGACGGCGGCCGCCAGCAGUUUACACCAGGCCAGCAAUCACACAUUCUACCCCUGGAUGGCUAUCGCAGGUGAGUGUCCUGAAGAUCCGACCAAAAGUAAGAUAAGAUCUGAUUUAACACAAUACGGCGGCAUAUCAACAGACAUGGGUAAGAGAUACUCAGAAUCUCUUGCGGGCUCACUUCUACCAGACUGGCUAGGCACAAAUGGUCUGCGAAGACGCGGCCGGCAGACAUACACCCGCUACCAGACACUGGAGCUGGAGAAGGAGUUCCACACGAAUCACUAUCUGACCCGCCGGCGGAGAAUCGAGAUGGCGCAUGCGCUGUGCCUGACGGAGAGGCAGAUCAAGAUCUGGUUCCAGAACCGACGGAUGAAGCUGAAGAAGGAGAUUCAGGCGAUCAAGGAGCUGAACGAGCAGGAGAAGCAGGCGCAGGCCCAAAAGGCGGCAGCGGCAGCGGCUGCGGCGGCGGCGGUCCAGGGCGGACAUCUAGAUCAGAAUUAGGACGAAUUGGGAUGCAGAUACGCAUGUGCUGCAGUUACGGAUGCAAAUACAGAUACAGAAUACAGAUACAAAGCAACUAUAUAUUGUAACAAAUGAACACUAUUUACUUAAAUGAAUAAUAUUUAAAAAUAUUUUGAUGGUACUUGUGCGAAUACGAAACUUAACCUAAAUCGAACCUAAUGGAAUUAUUUCAAGAAGCGUUUGAGCAGCAACCGAAAAUACGUAAAUGAAGGCAAACCUACAAACUAAUUAACUAGGCUAAGUAAAUGAAAGUAGUGGAAAUGAACCUACUUAGACGUAAUCGAGGAAAACCACAACCUUUUUUAAUUUAGUUCCAAACGAAUGAAAACAAUGUAGAAAUUCGCAAGCGUAAGAUUUAUGUUUAGACCCCGUAGAGAGAUCAUCAUCGCUCGAAAUCGAACCCCUGUCCUGCCCCCUUUGUUGCUUACUGCUAUGUUUAAAUUAAUUUUCGCAAGAAAUACUCAAAAAUUAAGAAAAGAACUAAAAAAAAAUGUACGAAUAAAAUGUUGAACGCAAGCAAAAUUCUGUUGAUAUGAAUUUUUGGUUAAAACCAGUUUUAAACCAAUCUAAGAUACGUAACAAAGGAAACAAAAAACAACAAAAAAUCGAAAACUAUUAAACUUUAACUUAAACAUAAAUAGAAUUUGUUAGCAAAGUAAACAUAUUACAAGAGUUUGUCGGAGGAGGAUCGAUUCGGAUAUUUGAAUGUGUGUAUAGUUUGUGCUUAUCGAAUAAAAUAAUGCAAUUUUAGUUAACUCUGUUUAUUUUUAAACGAAUUUGUUUAGUUCUCGCCCAAAACGACUAAAGUGAAGCUGUUUCUUUAAGUAAUGUGUAGUGUGUUUACCUUUUAAAUUAAAUUAAUGAUUAAUUUUAUUAUUAUUAUGUUUAGUUUAAUGACAAAGCGUUUAUGAGAUUAUCUGACAGAAGCGACGAGGAGAUACAAACGGCAAACGCCAAAUAAAUUAUUGGUUUUGAAAAAAUCUAAACAAAAACUGAAAAAAAAAAAACAACAAAGAGAAAAACAAA